AUGAAUUCCAGGAGCAAACAAAACGGUUCAAAGAGCACGGAGCUAAAGGAAGGAACCGACAGUCAAAAAAAAAAAGAGCAAGAUGGAGUGAGCACCUCUCGGAAGCAGGUGGUUCACCCUGUUGCGGGGGGUGUCGUUGGACAGAAGGAGGGUUCGGGACGUGCAGAUCAGCCCAAUGUAGGCGCGGUAAAGUCCAAUGUGGACGCGGCACAGUCCAAUGUAGAGAUGGCCAAAGUAAAUGAGGAGGGGCAAACCCCGGCCGGGUACAACCACGACGCCACGGAGAGCAUUGAAAAUCUGUGCAAGGAGUUCGACCUGCAGGAUAUAAAUUUAGGCCUCACCAAUGAGCAAGUAAAAAUAAACAGAGAAAAAUUUGGUGAAAAUUAUAUUGAAAAGGAUGACGCAGUACCAGUAUGGUUAAUUUUCCUGUCCCAGUAUUACAGCCCUGUAGUGAUGUUACUGCUCGUUGCAGCCAUGGCCAGUUUAGUCCUGAACGAAAUUGUAGAAGGAGUUGCCAUCAUUAGUAUUGUUACGCUGAAUGCCUGUUUAGCUACUUAUAUGGAAAAGUCCUCCGGUGACGCUAUUGCAAAAUUAGCAGAAAUGGCAUCCCCUCAAUGUACUGUUGUACGAAAUGGGCAUAAAAUUGUUAUUCCCUCGAGGGAAGUAGUGGUUGGUGAUGUGGUCCUGAUCAACACAGGAGACUCCAUCUCAGCUGACUUAAGAUUAAUUGAAGUUAUUGAAUUGAAAACAAAUGAAAGUUUAUUAACAGGAGAAUCUGAAGAUAUAAAAAAGACUUUAACUCCAGAUGAUUAUACCACCCCUUUUGCAACGAACUUAUGUUUCGCCACCACAUCUGUUACGAACGGUUCAGGGAAAGGAAUAGUUACUGCAACUGGGUUAAAUACCCAGGUAGGAAAAAUCGCUUCUCAAUUGAAAAGGUCUAGUAAGGGCAGCAAAUUGACUCCUCUUCAAGUAGCAUUAAAUAAGCUAGGAGGUCUUAUAGGUCUUAUUGCCAUCAUCGUGUUGGUGUUUAUAAUAUCCUUGGCUGUACUCAUAGACUAUAGAGAUCCCGCACAUGCAGAUAAAGACCCCAUUCUUGUAAUCAUUAUAAUUGGAGUCGGUUUUGCAGUUUCAUCUGUUCCUGAAGGAUUACCCAUGGUUGUCACCAUAACCCUUUCUGCUGGGGCGAAGGAUAUGGUUCGAAAAAAUGCCAAUGUGCGUAAAUUACCAGCUGUGGAAACGCUAGGAUGCUGUUCAGUCAUUUGCUCAGACAAAACAGGAACUCUUACUGAAGGAAAAAUGACGGCCAUUAACGCUGUAACAUUUGCAAAGAAUUCAAAUCUAAGUGAUAAGAAUAAUAAGCUGACUAAGACGUUCGACUUUUAUCCUACAAAAGGGUUCGAACCUUAUGGGGGGUUAUUUGAUUCAAGUACAUUAACAAAUGAAUUAAAAAAGAAAAUUGUGAUAGCGAAGAAUCAAAGCAUAUCUUAUGAUUCCAUUUUGCCAAAUUAUGGAAAUCCUGAAAAUGAUUCCAUAGAUGUGAAAAAGACAAGGUCCCUCAUGUUUGCUGCUUACCUAAACUCGUAUGAUACUACCCUGGCCAGAGAUCCUAAAACUUCCAAGUGGACCAUACAUGGAAACAUGAGUGAAGGACCCAUAGUAGUAGCUGCAGCCAAGGUCGGCUAUAGUUCUCUUACAAACGAAAAUCACCAUUCUUAUGUCAAGCAGUAUACACGAUUGGAUGAUUUAGAAGUCACUUUUAACUCUUCCAGGAAAAUGAAAAUUACAGUUUAUAAAUUAAAGAACGAUGAUAUGUUUGAGUAUAUUCAUUUGAACAGACCAGGCAAGAGGUUCACACACAUCGCCCUCAUCAAGGGUGCCCCAGAUAAGUUACUCGAUAGAAGCACCCACUUGUUAGAAGAAUCUCCCAGGGGACCACAAAUCUCGUGGAAUGACAAAAUUAAUGAAAAGGAUAAGGAAAUUUUAGCUCAAAAAAAUUUAGAAUUGUCUCAGAAGGCUUUAAGAGUCCUAGCUGUUUGCAUUAAACCUUUAACCAUGGAACACAUAUCCUUGUUGAAAAAAUUAGAUGAUGCUGAUGAGCGAUUAAAAUUUAUCACCACUGAUGAAGAUAGCGGAUUCAUCCCGUUAGGAUAUGUCGCUGCGUUCGACCCACCCAGACCAGGAGUGAAGGAAGCGAUUGAAACGUGUAGAGAUGCACAAGUGAAAGUCAUCAUGAUAACGGGUGACCAGAAACCUACAGCCAUUGCAAUUGGAAAGCUCAUUGGGUUAAUAGGAGGGGACGAAAAUGCGGAAGAAGCGGAAGCCCAGGCUAUCGAAUGCUCCGAGUUGCAUAUUAACAAGAACCCAAAUGAACCCGUACUUCCAGAAGACCAAUUAGAUGCAUUCACAGAUAAGAUCUUGAUUUAUUCAAGGGCCCAACCGGAGGACAAAAUUACUAUCGUACAGUCGCUCAAGAGGAAAGGGUACUUAGUUGCAAUGACAGGAGAUGGAGUGAACGACGCACCAGCUUUGAAAGCAGCAGAUAUAGGAGUAGCCAUGGGAAUAAAUGGAACGGAGGUAGCCAAAGGAGCAUCUGAAAUGAUUCUAAUUGAUGACAACUUUUGUACAGUUGUUAGCGCGAUAGAUGUAGGAAGAACCAUCUUUUCUAAUAUACAAAAAUUUGUUUGCUUCUUAUUGGGUACGAACAUUGGAGAAAUACUUUACCUCUCCAUAGCCAUCGCAGCACAGAUGCCCUUCCCAUUAGAAGCACUUCAAAUAUUGUUCCUGAACUUAAUGACAGAUGGGUGUCCAGCAGUAGCCCUAUCGAGGGAGCCACCUAACCACGAUAAUAUGAAAACACCUCCCAGGCCAAAGAAGCAGCCAAUAAUGACUAAGAAGUGGUGGUUCUAUGGAAUCAUUCCGCAUACGAUUUUUGAAGCAUUAUGUGUGCUCCUCUCCUUAGCAUUUUCACUCUACAUUUGUACAGGCAGUUAUAACCUAAAUGAUAUACACAAUUCUUGUCGCACGGUUAUCCUCCCUGAUGCAACAGACGUAAACAUCACACAUGAGUACAAAUAUUUUUGUAGUACGUAUGAGUAUAGAGUAUCACCAGAAUAUAUGGGAUGGGUUACCAAUGUAAGCUUUUGGCACCCUCAGGAGAAAAAAACGGUUACAUUUUGGGGAGCUGCAAAAGGCAAAGUAGAAAAUAUAACUCCAACGUCGAGGGAAAUACAUCCGGACAUACGAACCAUCAUGCAGUAUGGUUGUUCAGAUGAUGUAGAAAAGGAUCAGUAUGGAUGGUGUAAACCGAAGAAGAAUACUUAUGUUAAGGGGAAAGAUGAACAAAUUGCUGGUGUGUUUAGAAAAAAUUUUGAAGAUGUUGCUUCUAAAGGAUCCAAGAGAGGUAGAACCAUGGCAUUUAUUUCUGCUGUCUGGUGUGAAAUGUUAAGAGCCUAUACGGUGCGAAGUUGGGAACCCUUUUACAAAGUCUUUAAUAGAAAUAUGUGGAUGCAUCUGGCUUGUAGCAUUUCUGCCACCUUGACAUUUUUGUCCACGUGUAUUCCUGGAAUCACCUCCGUCCUGAACACGACCUGCUUGCUCUGGUGGCAAUACCUAUUGGGAAUUUCAUGGGCUCUCCUCAAUAUGCUCCUCGAUGAGGUGGUGCCCAAGGUCAUCUACCGAAGGAAAUACAUGUCGGUGAAGAAGUGA